ACCCCCUGCUCCCCCUCCUCUCAUACCUUUCCCACAGAGCCUCAAAGGGAAAAUAUUCAAUGACUGAUGCACUUUCAGUCAGGACCACCGACCUACAGACCUGGGUAAAGCUAAACAUAUGAAGAAAUAGUCCAACAGGAAGUAGGAAGAAUUGCUUUUCAAAAUAAAGACAUGGACUAUCGAAAGACUGCAUAUAAAUAAGAUAAAAAAUAGUAUUAUCGUAAAUUAUAAUCGUUUAUUUCCAUCUUUUUAAAACAGUUAAAAAGUGCUUCACAAAUAAAAAUGCAAGUGAAAAUACAUCAAAACAUCAAAAGCAUAAAAACAGUUAUAACAGAAUAAAUAAAACAAUAAAAACACUAAACGAGUGACAGAAAUUUAAGCAUGACCUCAAACUACAUUAAGAAAAACUAGAAUUGCCUAAAACCAGGGAUACAUCAGGUACGAUAAUUGUAUGUUUAAGCUUUUUAAAAGGAAACUGCUGACUCAGCUAAUCUCAUUGAUGAGCAGCGGAGCCUCUGCCUCCAGAUGCUCUGACUUUGUUUGACUUGUAACACAAUCUGCUGUGACAUUUGCAGAGAAGGAUGAAAACCUGACACUGCUAGAGAGAAUUUACAGAGCCCUGAAUCAGCCCACUUUGUGUUUGCUCAUUGCUUACGGUCAGGAUUAACAUAUAUUGUCUGUUGGUUUCUUCAUGGUUUCCUAUAAACAUGUGCUCCAACAAUCAUGGAAAUAAUAUGAAAACACUCUGUUAAGUGCUGGUUCAUAUGGACUCUCUUAUUUAGGGUUUCAGUUGACAACUAUACAGUUCAAACAUGUUAUCAAGCCUUUAAAUGUGGUGAACAUAAACAUAGUAAACCCAUAUACAGGCACUUAUAGAUGGGAACGUAUCUUCAGUGGUUUUCUAUGAUUCAUUUCCAUUUUUCCCAUUUGCAACUCUGGGAUUUGUUUACAUCUAGAAUGGUUCUGAUCUUCCUUGUCUUUGUUUGCGUUUUUGCAGCGAUUCUCAAUCAGCAGAUGAGCUUAAAACCAGUGGCAAGACGCAUUUCACACACCCUCAUGUAUUUCUGCAUUUGCACAAAGACAGUGGGACCCAUUUAUAAAAAUAUAUUGAAAUGCAGGACAAUCUAUACUACAUACUAUACAUACAUUCAAUACUGUUUUUCAUCUCAUAGCAAAAUGGGCCUAUCAAGGGGGGGUAAGGGGUUGAAAUGUGGUUGCAAUGACAGGCACUGCUUCAAUCCAACCACGGACGAAACAUCAAGUUUAGGUUUCGGUUUGGAGCUUUAUUUUGAAAGUCGACACAGGAAUCCGCGUGUAGAGUCAGGAGCUUGACCAGAGUGAGCGGAGCAUCAACAGCGGAGCUCUGAGCCUCUGUCAGUCCGACACCCAUAGUCUGCAGCCUCAGAGAGUGAUACAGAAAAGUGAUUUAUAUUAUACACAGGGAAGAGGAGAAAAAAGAAAAGUUAGCAUGGACUGUAGUCUGAAAGGACAAAUUUAAGAAGUCCCAAGUUCUUUCUUUCUUCUUUCUUUCAUUCUUUCUCUCUCACUCUCUUUCUUUCUUUCUUUCUUUCUUUCUCUGUUUCUCAUCACUGUGGACACGGUGGUGAUGUGAUGCGCGCCUCUCUCGGGACUGGGCCUGCGGUGGUGAUGAUGGGUCGGGUGAGGAGAUGAGCAUCGGGCGGUGUGGGGUACCAGGGGCGUGAGAGGAGGUCUGGACCCUGAGGUAAGAGGGCCGAGGCUGCCUCAUGUGUUGGGCCUCCUCUAAAUUCUGGUCCCCCCCGACCGCCAUCCUCCCAGCAUCAGUGGGAUGUCCCAGGUGUGUCUCCCCUUGGCCUUGCUGAUGCUCUGCAGCUGCACUAAGGUUUCCUCUACUAACUCCUUGGAGCUUGUGAAAGAGAAGUGGAGCAGCUACAGGAACCAGUGCCUGGACUACCUCAACACCACGCCCCCCGCCACAGGGCUGGUGUGUAACAGGACAUUCGACCUGUACGCCUGCUGGCCUGAUGGACUCCCAGGAACCACUGUCAAUGUCUCCUGCCCAUGGUUCCUGCCAUGGCACCGUAAAGUUCAGCAGGGUCUGGUGUACAGAGUCUGCAGAGAAGACGGUCAGUGGGCAAAGAAGAAUACCAGCGAAUGUGAGGACGACCCCGGUGAGCAGCAGUAUGGACGCAUCCUUAGUCAGUUACGGAUCAUGUACACAGUGGGCUAUUCUCUCUCCCUGGGAGCUCUGCUACUGGCACUGGGAAUCCUCAUCACCUUCAGGAAGCUCCACUGUAUGAGGAACAACAUCCACAUGAACCUGUUUGCCUCCUUCAUCCUGAGAGCCAUGUCCAUCCUGGUGAAAGACGCCCUGCUCACCCUCACUCUGGACCCCAGGAGCCACAGCGACACGCGGACACAUGCUUGGGCUGUGAUGUGGUGCCGUGGUGCCAUGGUGAUGAUGCAGUACAGCGUGAUGGCCAACAACUAUUGGCUGCUGGUGGAGGGCAUAUACCUGCACAGCCUGCUGGUCAUCACAGUGUUCAGCGAGAGGAAGUAUUUCUUCAUUUAUCUGGCCAUCGGCUGGGGUGCACCGCUCAUCUUCGUGUGUCCUUGGAUCACAGUGAAAUAUCUGUAUGAGAACGAGGAGUGCUGGGAGAGGAAUAUUAACAUGGGAUAUUGGUGGAUCAUCCGCUCUCCUAUACUGUUUGCUUAUCUGAUCAACUUCUUCAUUUUCAUCCGCAUCAUAAAGAUCCUGAUGUCUAAACUCAGAGCUCAUCAGAUGAGAUACACUGACUACAAGUUCAGACUUGCAAAGUCCACUCUGACUCUCAUCCCCCUGCUUGGGAUUCACGCCAUCCUCUUCACCUUCGUCAUCGACGAGUCGGUUCCCAAAGGCUCCAUGCUGCGUCUCAUUCGUCUGUUCUGUGACCUCCUGUUCAACUCCUUCCAGGGCCUGCUGGUCGCCAUUCUCUACUGCUUCGUCAACAAGGAGGUGCAGUCUGAGAUGCUAAAAAAGUGGAAGAGGUGGAAGCUGGGUAAGGACAUUGACGAGGAGUACCGCCACACCCACAGCCACACGCCCCACGUCAAGAGUGGCAGCAUCGCUGCUGGCAAUCUGCCUGAUGACCCCAGCGGCGACUCACUCCGCCUUAACAAUACCAUCAGACGCCCAUCGUGCGCCAUCGCACAGGAGGAAAACCGCCGGCUGGUCGUUUCCUACAGUAACGGGACAGGGAAGGGCCGGUCCGCCAAGGGCAAACACUCCCUGCAGUUCUCUUUCCCGCCACGCCGAGGCCUCUGCAGCCAUGGUAGCACCACCACAGAGGACGUGUGCCUGGAAGAGAGGGCGCACUGCCACCUGUACCCUCUGAAAGGAGAGGAGACCAAUGUCUGAGAACAAGCAGACGUCAGAGAAAUCACACUGAUUGUGCUGAGGAGGAGAAUUAGGAAGUGACCCACGGGGAUCAGGAGGUUAAUAUCUGCAUAAUGCUACAGGAAAUAUGUUUUCACCUGCCCGGCUGCCAAUUCAUAUUUAUUGGUUUUAGGACCAUGAGCAAAAAAACAAUCGAUGACUUCAAACAUCAGGAAUAAUUUUGCUCUGUGAUGUUACAGUGUGUGUGUGUGUGUAUGUGUGUGUUUGUAUGAUUUCAUUUCGGCCCUUUGACUCCGACCUUGUCCAAAUCUUUCCAUCUGUGCUGUUGUUGCCAUUGUGAAUCAUGCUUGUGUUGUCUAACUGUUUGCAGCAACACACGCUUGUGGUACUUUCCCAAAAAAAAUAUUUUUUGUUUUGUCUUAUUUUUUCUUUUCUGGUUUUAUGAGCCCAAAUGUGGACGACAGUUUAAAUCCUGAUGCCUCGACACCGUAAUAAAGACAGGAGUGAGCUAAUCACUGGGGACCACUGACUACUAUUACACAGUGUUUGCCAUCAGCGUCAUAGGGGACGGACGCUGUCAUCCUCAAGACUGUGCUCUGAUAUUUAGCUUAAAGCCUACAAGAAAAUAAUUAUUGUACAAUACUGUGCAUUUCACGUGAAUUGAGCGAAGCGUUAAAUCCAUUCUUUAUUAUUUUGUUUCAGAGCUAUUCUUCUUUUUUAAACAGGUUUAAACUCCUGUCUGAAUGUAUACGACCAAUGGAGAAAUAUGUAACACUUAAACAAUGUGUUUAACUGUAUGUAUACUGGAGUCGCCCAGUGAUGAGACUUGAUUUAAAAAUGUUAUUCGCACAGACUCGGAAAGUUGGAUCAUCAUCAUCAUCAUCAUCAUCAUCAUCAUCAUCAUCAUCAUCAUCAUCAUCAUCAUCAUCAUCAUCUGGCUCCAGUCACCAUCCCUGCAGGUGCCCAUUUAGCCAGGUAUUCAGUAUUGUUUAGAAAUGGAGGCAAAGGUAGAAAAUUACUUUUUCUUUUGCACAGAAUACAAUAUGCACGGAUGAGAGGAGUCCUUUUUAAAGUGAACAUGUUACAUUUCACAACAUAAUGUGAAUAUUCUGUGUUGAAAAGAGCACCACAUUGCCAAUGGAGGAACAGUUGCUGUUUUGUAUUUCAUGACUAAAAAUGUGCCUCACGGCGCCACUUUCAUUAGUUUCAUUUCAGGAAACAAGAUAAAUUAGGUUUAGGAAAUUCAUAUUCAGUGAAGAAAUGGACUUGAUUGAAUUGUCAAUCGAUUUGAAAUCACAAUGGAGCCGAACAAGGAUUUUCACGAAUUCCUGAUAAAGUUCUAGAUCAAGCACGGAAAACAAAUGUUGUUUGAAGCGUAGCAGAGUGCACUGUAUAAUGUAAAUAUGAAUCAAAAGUGAAUACUAUAAAGACAGAGAGGGGGAUGGGUGGAGGGAUUCAUUGUUCUGUGUUUUUGCUCGCAGUCCAGGUGACUCAACGUUGAAAUUGAACAUGACUAAUUACCUUGAGAAAAGACGAGAGGUUUUUUUGCAGAACCUGAUUGUGCCUCUCUCCUUUUAUUUAAACUGUUAUUAAAGCGUGAACGCGAAAGGUUUUAUAUAAAAAGCCACAUUGUUGUGUCUCAUGUGUCUCUGUGGAUCCAAUUAAAGUGAAUUCUGUCAGCAAAUAAAAAA